CCCUAUCCCACUUCCACCGCUCGUCCAAGCCUCCGCCCUCCAGGGCUCCACCGCUCCAGGCUCCAGCAAGCACGGCACAGCCGCACCCUUAGCCAUGGCCGUGGCCGCCGCCGCCGCCUGGGUCCCUGCCGCCGCCGCCCGCCGGAGCAGCUUAUCCUCUCGGCGCUCUCAAUUCGCGGCGCCUAUCUUCAUCCACGUGCAACGGCGGGCGCCGCUUCUUUGGCCUAGUCCCAGUCCCCUACCCCAGAGGUCUCGCCUUGUUGUCGCCUCCGCGCAGUUCGACUUCGCCAGAGCUGUUCAAACAGCAUGGAGGGUUGGUUCUGAUGUUGUCGAGGCAGGAAGUAAUCUUGUCCCAGGUUCAGUUCCACGGCCAAUUGCUAGGAUAGGUGUUACCUUUGCUGCUGUGGUGGUGGCCGUUUUCCUUCUCAAAUCGAUUGUCUCCACUGCAUUUUUUGUGCUGGCGAUGAUGGGGCUUAUAUAUCUUGGCUUCAUGGCCAUGAAUCCAAAGGAGGCCUCAGGCUCUAGGAUGGAUGAAACAGGGGGCAACCCAUCAGAAGAUCCUGUCGAAGAGGCCCGGCGCAUAAUGGAGAAAUACAAGUAAUGAGCCUGAGCAAGGGUGUAUUCGUAUAGGUACCGUUUGUCAGUAGAGUUUCCUGCUCACGUGAGGGACGGAUGGGUGGAUUUUUUUUUAGCACACUACACACAGUUAUUUGAUACAUGUAAAUAUACAGUUGUACUGUUGGAAUCAGUUCUUGGGCAAUAGUGUUGAGGGUGGUUCAUCAACUAUGAAUUUAUGAAGUGCAGCAAAUCUACGAAUAGUGACAACAAUUCAUUUUUAUAGUACUAAUUCUUCAA